AUGUUACGUAAUCGUUGCUGCGGGUACGGCAAUCGCGUGUGGCAGCGCGUGGCCGCGUGUGGCAGCUGCAAUUACCAGCGUCGUGGUCCGCACGCCGAACGCGUCCACGAAGCGGGGAUGCAGGAACUGCGCGGCCACGUGUUGCGUGUGGCAGCACGUGGCAGCUGCACUUACCGGCAUCGUAGUCCGCGCGGUAGAAGGCGACGACGUGGCGGCGGCGCGCGUUUAAGCGGCCGGUGCCAUGCUGCGGGCGCGCGCCGGCCGCGUCCACGAAGCGCGGGUGCAGGAACUGCGCGGGGGCGUGUUGCGUGUGGCAGCGCGUGGCCACGUGUGGCAGCUGCACUUACCGGCGUCGUAGUCCGCGCGGUAGAAAGCGACGACGUGGCGGCGGCGCGCGUUGAAGCGGCCGGUGCCCUGCUGCGGGCGCGCGCCGGCCGCGUCCAUGAAGCGCGGGUGCAGGAACUGCGCGGGGGCGUGUUGCAUGUGGCAGCGCGUGGCCACGUGUGGCAGCUGCACUUACCGGCUUCGUAA